AGUGAUACGUCUCCUUCAAGAUGGUGCACUGCAAGUUUUGAAUUUACUCCCCAUUUAUCUUCGUUGUAUGUAUUUGUCUGGAAAAACUUAGGACUCUUCACGUAUGAGGAACUUCAAUAAACCUUUUAGUAAUAUAAUAGGCUGUAUUUGUGAUGAUAGAUGAACCGUAAUUACCAUAUUAGCAUAGGAAAUUAAAAGUUCGUUUUGCCGCGCGUCGCGCUCUUGCACUCAGUUUUUUAUGCCUAAUAUGGCUGACAUUCAAUAAUGAAGAAGAAAGGAACCUGUGUGUAUGAAUCUCAUUGAUUAAGGGUUUGAGGCCAAUCAGUUCUUGAUUGAGCCUGGAUUGGAGGGUUGUGGUGUGAAUCUCUUUGUGUGGGUGUGGAUCCAGGUGGCACAAGCCCUGUCUACGAUGUCCAUGCAGGGUGCAGCAAAGAAGGAUCCAACAGAGGAAAGUCCGGCUGCACCAGAUAGCACCACCAAGGACCGGAGUGGGUUCAGUGAAGGAGAAGACGUGCUAUUCCAACACAAGGAUGGACGGUACUACCUCGGUACUAUAGUAGAGGUGGACCUUGUCACAGAGCAGUGCUUGAUUAAGUUUGGAGAUGACACAGAGAGUUGGUCCUCAUUCAAAGAUCUCACCAAGCUCACAUUGCCAGAGUCUGAUCUCUUGUGUGUUAUCUGCAAGAAGUCUCAGCCGAAGACAGACAACGACAUCAUAGUCUGCGACAAGUGUGGUCGUGGAUAUCACCAGUUGUGUCACCAGCCCCAUAUAUCAAAAGAGAACACCAAAGCAGAAGCUCACUGGGUAUGCAAGCGCUGCCUAGAGAACAUGCCAGGCAAGGGCAGAGAGAACAGGGUAGCCAAGAAGGAGAGCAUUCGCAAGAUGUGCAGCCCCAGAACAGAACACCCUGGUUUGCAAGUUGAGAAGAACAAAUUACCUUAUGAUCCUGGUGAGCUGUCAUGGGACCAGAGCCACCGCACCAACACUGAGCAGCGGUACUGCUACUGUGGUAAGAAUGGAGAGUGGUACAUGCAGAUGCUGCAGUGUGGCCGCUGCAGGCAGUGGUUCCACGAGAAGUGCAUCAAGUGUUUGCAGUAUCCCCUCUACUGUGGUGACAGGUUUUAUGUGUUUGUAUGUUCGCUGUGUAAUUAUGGAAAGGAGUUUGUUCGUCGGCUAGAAAUGAAAUGGGUUGACAUAGUGCACCUGGCUCUAUACAACCUGACCAUCUUCAAUGCUAAGAAGUACUACGAUCUGGACACAGUCAUCAUUCCUUAUGUUAACAACAAUUGGCACACCUUCCAACUACCACCAAAGCAGCUGAUGUUGUUGUUCCAGAUCUUAGAUGUUAGCUUGGAUGAAAGGCGGGAGAACAUCUUGUCUGUUCUCAAAAGCAACAGAAGUAGGUUCAAGUGUGGCAAGGAGAUAAAGAAGCGCACAACAAUAUGGGGCUUGCGCGCACGAGUGCCUCCUAAUGCUCCCCCCUUCUCCUUGCCCUUUGUCCGCCCAGUGAGUGACGCGUUGCUCAAGGAGUUGUGGUUUGGGAAUAAGCGACUAAAGUUCCUACCACCUUCUCUCAGUUCACUUGUGUCAGGCAAGUGCCAUCUUGGUAAAACUUUCUGCACCGAUGGUGUGUUGAAUGGUCACACAAGUGUCAUGAAAAGUGCCAUGGUUCCUAGCGUGUCCUCCUCUGUGGGCCAAACGAUGGGAAGCUACAACCACAGCAAUGGGUUGUCAGGUCCUCCAGCAGGACUUAAGCUGUUGCAUGUCAAUAAUCGGCCUGACAUCAUUCCCAUCACUGGGGACAAGGUGUGCAUCAAGAGCUCAGAAUACUGCAGUAGUGGUUUUGCAAAGAAGUCAACCGCAUAUCCCCCAGCCAAUCGACUAAGCAUGCAGCAAGCGCUGCUACGGCGUAGGCUCAAAUCCAUAGUCAAUAAUUCAUCCCACAAGGAGUCUUUGCUGAAACGGAGGAGAUACAAGCAUCAACAGGCAGAAGGCCAAGUCAAGGAAUUCACUGUUCGCAAGGCUCGGAAACUGCUCAAAAAUGCAAUAGCAACUAGCCAGAAGAGUAUCCAAGAUCUGCCACCAACACCUCCGUCCUCAUCUGCGCCCGACACGCCACAGCCAGUAGUGCCAAGUGUUACUGCUCCAGUUGUUCCAGAACCUGGGCGGUCUGCUACGCCAGCUCUCCCUUCAUCCAGUUCUGCUUCUUUCCCUCCUCCCACUACUCCCGGUGACACAAGUGGGGAUGAAACCUCAUCUCGUGGCACUCUUGAUUCAUUCAUUCCUCCUCCCAAGGAUUUUGAAGGUAAGAACAAUCCAUUUCGUAAUUUAACUGAACUCUUGUCUGCACCCAAUGGGUUGAAUGUGACUGCCAGCUUGUUUAAUACUGCUCCAGCACCCAGUAUUCUAAAUACAAGCCCAAUUACUCUUCCAUUACCCUUGACUCCUGUUCUAACACACCCAAUUCCACCCCGACCUGCCAAGCGGCAGCUAAGUGAGAAGGACAUCCGGAUUGACCGUAAUGGGGAAGUCAAACGGAGAAGACAUCGACGCAAUAGGGCCAGUUCAGCAAAUGGUACAACGAAUGCUGGGACAGCCAGUAAAAGUGCUACAUUUAUCCCUGGCCGCCCCGAGAAGCCAGGAGAUGUGUGGUCAGGUGCCAGAACAUCUGUUCGUUCUUUGCGUAGCAUGUAUAACAGUGGUCCAUCAAGUAGUGCAAGUACGAGUAGGGGCCAGGUGGGCAGCUGCGUUGACUAUGUUCUGAAUGGUCGGCGUCUUCGUGCUACCCAGAGGCAGGACAGCAUCAAGGCAAAUGAUAGGAAGAUGGUAUCUCAGCCCUCAUCAGCAAAAUCCUCGCCAGUCAAGCAGAAUCCAGUAGAGAUCUCUCUUGAUGAUCUUAAAUCAUCAGUGAACAUUUACUUUGGUGCAGCGAAUCGAAUUGCUGCAGGUGAAAAAUUUAGUUUUCGGGCAAAGAGAACAACUCCAUCAGGAAAAGUCCAAUAUCUGAUUGAGUGGGAAGGCCCACCCACGUAACAAUAAACAUAUGAGUAUUUGUUCAUUGGAGCACCAAUCUGAUCAUCAUAGCCGCAAAGAAAUUGGUUCAUAGUUACCUGGUAGAUGGAGAAGCUACAAGACUGCACUCUACAACCGUUCGUGCCAUGGCUACAUCUUCCAAUGAACCCCAUUAUAGGCACUCUUCCUAAAACAGUGACUUCUGUUUUCCCCACCUGACUGAUUCAUUGCUUGUUGGGACUGGGAAUUCUGCGCCCCCCCCUCAUGUUGUUUGUUGACCCAGUCAGAUGCAUGAAUUGUGGUUGGGGGGGGGAGGUGUGUCCUAUAACAUUCAUAUUUUUUAAUUGUUUUAUAGGAAGUGUGGUAAAGUGGCCUCUGACUUAAAUGCAGUCUGUCAUCGAUUGGAUGCUGCUGUGUGGCAGUGCAGUACUCUUUCAUGUGCCAGUAUGUUGUCUUAUGUUGGUUCUUCCUGUCUGUUAUUUAUUUCAUUGUAACAAGUAGAGAUUGAUACUGCCAUCACUGUAUACUGCAUCCAGUCAUUUUCUUAAUGAGCAGGAAAUUCCCAGUCCUGAACGUUUGUGAAGUAUUGUACAUAUAUUAUAUUACUGCCAAUGCUAAAAUAUCACUGCCCCAGUCUGCAGCCAUUUUUAUUGAUGUGUAUUAUAUUGGGAGGAGGUCUGAGGGCAUUCUGUCUGCAUUUGUUUAUGUAGAUUUCUGUUACCAGUUUCACUUUAAGUAACAAUAGUGUCAACAGGCGGGGGGAAGGCCAUGUUUCAGUGUGAUGUUGCCUAGACUCUCAGACCAUUCUCACGUGACAUAUUGUGAAUGAAUGCAGGUGUGUAAUGGUUCAUGCUAAAUCAUGAUGAUACAUUUUUAAUUGAAGAACAGGAUCUAGUUGGUGAGUGUGCUGAUUGUUGCAGAGCACUGGGGUUGCUGGCUUGCUGUCAUAUGGGUUCUUUAAUGAUGCUGUAUCAGGUCAUGCCUGAUGCAACUUGUUGGUUCUCAACCUAUAAGUAGGGAUUUUAACAAUCCAUUGUCAGAUUGCCCCUGCAACCAGCGUGUGGCAAGCAAGAUCCAAGAACAAGGUACUGCCAUGGCAGUGGUAAGAAAACCUGGCACACCUGGUUGAUGUGGCAUAAACUUCAUAAAUGUACAUAUUUAUUUGUUACUGUGUGGUGGGUGGUCAUGUGUAUGUAUGUGUGUGUGUGUGUGUCUGUACAUUUCAGUUGUAACUUGUACAGUAUGGCUCUUAUUAACAGUCCAGCAUAUUAAGUUUUAUAAGGUGGUGAGUGGCUGGUGGUAUUGUGCCUAGCAUAUUAUGAACUGAAGAUGGAUUAUGUUAUUUUCUUCAUGGUCACUUUCUCCCAGUUGUGUCAAGUUUCUGGUACAGGACGUGAGAUGUGUUUUUGAGGUGAAGUUAUAGUAUGGUAUGCCUUCUUCAACAGAUGUUGGUAUUACAGAAAUAACUUAUAAAAUAAGACUGAAAAUGAAGCUCUUCAUGAUGUUCAUGGCACUUUGUUUGAAAAAUAGCAUUUUUGUUUUCACAGGGAAGUGUGAGAUAUGAAAUACUUUCAAAAAUUGUUUUUUGUUUUCUGAAUUGUAUAUGUGUGUGUGUGUUAGUGAGUGUGUUUGUGUGUAUGGGUGUGGGGAAUGACAAUGCAUUUAAAAUGCCACAUGGAAUUUCUCACAUUAUAAAUUGUACAUAAAUGGUUGCUGCAGGAACCAGACAUGCUCAGAAAGAACUUUUUAGAACUGCAUGUGGAUAUACGUAAGAACUGCAAGAUAUCAUUCCAUUGCAUUUUUAGACCAGAUGUAUCACUGCCAAUUUUUGUAAUAAUAUUGUACUAGUCAGUACAGAGCAAAGAGGUUCCGAUGAAAAUAAACAUGGAAAAAUGUGUCAAGCUUU